AUGCAGGCUACACGCUGCUUGCUUAAGAGAUCCGUGUGGAAGGGCCCCAACAUUGUCCCUCUCCCAAUCGUGCGGCCAGAGCCCGGAAAAAAGGUCCCCCCCAUCCGAACACGAGCUCGCUCUGCGACUAUCCUGCCCAGCUUCGUCGGGCUCAAAUUUCAGGUCUACAAUGGCAAGGUGUACCACGACGUCGAGAUAAAGGAGGAGAUGGUCGGACACAAACUCGGGGAGUUCUCGCCGACGCGGAAGCCCUUCAUCUGGGACAAGAACUAG